CGCGGACACCUGCGUGCCGAGGCAGCGCCGCAGCCGAGGGGGGGGCUUGUUAGCAUACUGGAGCGGCGUGUAUUUGAGAAUGCCAACAUCCGCUGAUCCACCCUUCUCCACUGAACCUCUCCAGCACAGCUCCUUCUCCUCCUCUGACCCCCUCUCUGUAGAUUUCCGCCCUACGGAGCUCUACCCGGCAGAGGGCCUCCUCAUCGGCGUCGGCAACAUCAGCCAGUCGGGUGGCCCCCGCUGCACCUACAAGGAGGACUUCAAGCGCAUCUUGCUACCCGCCAUCUACAGCUUUGUCUUCCUGCUUGGCCUUCCCCUCAACGCUGUGGUCAUACUGAAAAUAUGGAGGUUGCGACCCAACCUGUCGCGGAACAACAUCUACAUGCUCAACCUGGCCACUGCAGACUUCCUGUACGUGUUGUCACUUCCCCUGCUAAUCUACAACUACGCCAGUCAUGACUACUGGCCCUUUGGGGAGCCCGUUUGCAAACUGGUGCGCUUUCAGUUCUACAGUAACAUGCAUGGCAGCAUCCUGUUCCUCACCUGCAUCAGCAUGCAGCGCUAUGUGGGUAUCUGCCACCCCCUUUCCACCUGGCACAAGAUGGGUGGGCGCCGGCUGGCAUGGGUCAUCUGUGGCGGGGUAUGGCUGAUAAUUGCCAUUCUCUGUGCACCGACCUUCCAUUUUGCUUCGACGGGGAUCCAGCGCAACCGCACGGUGUGUUACGACUUAAGUCGUCCGGAGAAUUCGGUGGACUACUACCCGUACGGCAUGGCUUUGACCUGCCUCGGCUUCCUGUUACCGUUCACUGGAGUGGUGGUGUGCUACUGUCGGAUGGCCCGGCUCCUCUGCCGCCCGGUGUCCUACCAGGGCGUAUGCAUGGCGACCAAAGAGAAACGGGACAAGGCGGUGCGGAUGAUCAUAAUAGUGGUGGCGGUUUUCUGCAUCAGCUUCCUGCCAUUCCACCUCACCAAGACCAUGUACUUACUGGUACGCACGCUGCCUGGAGCGCCCUGCGAGAUGCGCAACUUGUUCUCAGUCAUCUAUAAAAGCACCCGGCCUUUUGCCAGUAUGAACAGUGUUCUGGACCCCAUUCUGUUCUACUUCACCCAUCCGCGUUACCGCAAGAGCACCAGGAGCUUCAUGCUGAGAGUCACCACUCUCAAAGGCACCGGUGUGUGA